GUUCUUACUUGCAGAAGUUGAUGCCACGUAGUUGGCAUUCCUGCCAUGUAUUUAUUUCAAGCCACUGCAUUUAUGGAAACGCUUAAAUGAGCUUUUUCUGAUUUUUACGAGUAGGUGAACUGUUGUCAAUCAAAAUGAUUCUUUUCUCAGUUUGUUCGAUAUUGCCCUCCCUGUUUGUGUUUGUCACUGGGGGGAAACUACCCGAGCCAGAGGUGAAAAUUGAAGUUUUACAUAAACCCUUCAUGUGUUACCGCAAGUCAAAGUAUGGAGACAUGCUUCUAGUUCAUCACGAGGGAUUCCUGGAGACUAACGGCACCCUGUUUUACUCAAGCCGAGAACAUGGAGAUAAAAACCCAGUUUGGUUCACUCUGGGGACCAGAGAGGUGCUGAAGGGUUGGGAUAAAGGUCUGCAGAACAUGUGCACCGGGGAGCGGAGGAGGCUGACCGUCCCUCCAUCUCUGGGCUAUGGGAAGGAAGGGAAAGGCAAGAUCCCUCCAGGCAGCACCCUCAUCUUUGACAUUGAGCUCAUAGAAAUACGAAAUGGUCUGAGAUCUCACGAGGCCUUCAGAGAGAUGGACCUCAAUGAUGACUGGAAGCUGUGCAGGCAGGAGGUGAAAGAGUACCUGAAGAAAGAAUUUGAGAAACAUGGAUAUUCACCCAAUGACACACAUAAUGACGCCAUGGUGGAUGACAUCUUCAAAAACGAGGAUGAAGACAAAGAUGGUUUUAUAUCUGCGAGGGAGUUCACCUACCAGCACGAUGAGCUCUAAAGGACGAUUCAUCCACUUCUGUGAACUAUUGUUUGUUUCAUGAAUCUCCUCAAAAAUAGUGACAUGAACUGAGGAAUUCAGAACUGGGCUUGUUUGUUUUUUUACACUACAGUAUUGCCUUACUUUUGGUCAAACAUUUUAUGGGAAAUGAGACCCAUAAUUAAUUUAUAUCUCCAUUCUGCACUGAUGAUGUCACCACAGGACAAUUUUGGUCCAGUAUUGGAUUUUCUAAAAAAUAAUUUUAUGAAAUAAAAGUUUUAGAAUUAAA